CACAAUUCGUAUUGGUCGUUGCGGUUCUCGAGAAUAUAUUAAUUUGUAGAACGCGCAAAUCAAACUGUAAAACGGAAAGCAAAAAUGUCGAAUACACACUAAAAUCCAAACGCAAUUUCAUCAAUGCAGUGUCCGUGUUUUCAUCAUCUUAAUAUGUUGUGUGUGCAUACGUAGUACGUCGUUGUACAAGCAAUUGAAUGAAAAGUGAAUUUUGUUUUGCAUGGCGUGCGUCAGUCUGCAAGCGAGUUCGAGUCACGUAGCAUAAAAGAAGCAAGCCAGAGAAAGAAAAAACGUAAAAAACGAGUGUUACAUGUGGGUAUAGAAGAGAAUCGGAAUCUGAUAUGAAAGCAAUGAAGAAGACAGCGCGCGAAUAAAACACAAAUCGCGACACAAUUAUAACAAUACACAAGUAUACAGGAAAAAGUGCAUGAAAAAGCCGGAACGGAAGGCAACUCAACGAACGACUCAAAUGAAUGGGCCUAAACACUCGUACGCUGCCAAAAUACAUACAUACAUACUACCUACAUACACAUACAUGUGUAUGUAUACACACAUGCAUACAAAACACAACACGCAUACAUUUACGCCGCCAGCACCACAACCACCAUUGCAACUACCUAAGACGCAACAACUUCGUGCAUAUAACUGAACUUCAAUUUCGAAGCCGAAACCUUAGCUUAGCCGAAGAACUACACGACAGCAACAACAACAACACGAAGAAGCGCAGCAUUUUAUUAUUGUGCGCAGCGAUAACAAGCAACAUAAAUAAUUCCAUUUAUUGCUACUACAAGUAGCAGAAGCAACAACAACAACCAACAACAGCAACAGGCAAAUUUAAUACUAAGAUAUUAAAAUACUACAAAUACAAAAGGAUAAUUUGUAAGACUAGUUAGUAAUUAAAACUAAGAAUCAACAUGUGGAAUUCCGAACCAACACGCCAGCAGCACCAACCACACAAUGGCAAUACUACCUCGGGCGGCGCGCAGCCAGCCAAACAAUUGGGCAUGACAUCGGCCAUUAGCUUGGCAGAGCCGCGACCAGAAGAUCUGCUCCGUACAGAGGAGCUGAGCAAAUCGCUGGAGCCAUACAAGGUGUUUGAGAGCCAGGAUGAGCUUAAUCAUCGCAUGGAAAUCCUGGCCAAAUUGAAUACACUGGUCAAGCAGUGGGUCAAAGAUAUAUCCGUUAGCAAGAACAUGCCCGAGGCAGCAGCCGAGAAGCUGGGCGGCAAAAUCUAUACAUUUGGGUCGUAUCGACUGGGUGUGCAUCAUAAGGGUGCUGAUAUUGAUGCCCUCUGUGUGGCACCGCGCAACAUUGAGCGCACCGAUUACUUCCAAAGCUUCUUUGAGGUGCUGAAGAAACAGCCCGAGGUCACCGAAUGCCGUUCGGUUGAGGAGGCCUUUGUGCCGGUCAUUAAAAUGAACUUUGAUGGCAUCGAGAUCGAUUUACUAUUUGCACGUCUAUCGCUCAAAGAAAUACCCGAUGACUUUGAUCUGCGCGAUGAUAAUCUGCUCAAGAAUCUUGAUCCUCGUUCGGUGCGCAGUCUUAACGGCUGCCGUGUCACUGACGAGAUUCUCGCUUUGGUGCCCAACAUUGAAAACUUUCGUCUAGCAUUGCGCACCAUCAAAUUAUGGGCCAAGAAGCAUGGCAUCUAUUCCAAUUCCUUGGGCUAUUUCGGCGGUGUGACCUGGGCAAUGCUAGUGGCACGUACCUGCCAGCUUUAUCCAAAUGCUGCAGCUGCUACCUUGGUGCACAAGUUCUUUUUGGUAUUCUCGCGCUGGAAGUGGCCCAACCCCGUCUUGCUAAAGCAUCCCGAUAACGUCAACCUGCGUUUCCAGGUUUGGGAUCCACGUGUCAACGCUUCGGACCGGUAUCAUUUGAUGCCAAUUAUAACACCCGCAUAUCCACAACAAAACUCCACAUUCAAUGUGUCCGAGUCUACGAAGAAGGUCAUAUUGACCGAAUUUAACCGUGGCAUGAGCAUCACCGAUGAAAUCAUGCUGGGACGCGUCAGCUGGGAUCGUCUUUUCGAGGCGCCCAGCUUCUUCUACAGAUAUCGCCACUUUAUUGUGCUGCUUGUUAACUCCCAAACAGCUGACGAUCACUUGGAAUGGUGCGGUCUCGUUGAGUCCAAGGUGCGCCUGCUCAUUGGCAAUCUUGAGCGCAAUCCUCACAUUGCACUUGCCCAUGUCAAUCCAAAAAGUUUCGAGCUAAAGAAAGCCGUUGGCGGUAACAAUUCACAAAACAACAGCGGCAACGAAGACGAACUGAAGCAACAGCAGCAGCAGCCAUCUCAUGCCGCAAUCACAACUUCACCAUUCUGUUCACUUUGGUUCAUUGGGCUCGAAUUCGAGCGUUCCGAGAACCUCAACAUUGACCUCACCGAGAGUAUACAAAACUUCACCGAGCAUGUCAUCAUGCAUGGCGUCAACAUCAAAAUGCUGAAGGAGGGCAUGGCUAUCGAUGCGCGCCAUGUCAAGCGCAAACAACUAUCGCUCUAUCUUGAUUCGGACUUCCUCAAACGUGAGCGCAAGUCGAUGGAAAGUCACAACACUUUUAACAACACUCUAAUGGCCAAUCGCAAGCGCCUCUCCACUGAGCUAGCACAGUCACAAGAACCGUCACCCACAGGCCAAGCUACUGGCGGCAAUCAUCGUGGACGUGAAAGCGGUGCCAAAGUGCAUCGACUUAGCGAGUCGUUAACUGAGGACAAUUCAAAUGCCUCCAGCGAUAUGGGCGGUACAACACCAAACACUCCAACAGCAGCGCAAAUGAAUGCGCCUAGCUUCAAAGCAACUGGUAAAAAUGGUGCAGAUAGCAGCAGCUGCAUGGAUACAACAGAUCAGGCAGGGAUUCAUAAUAAUGGUAGCAACAACAAUAGCGGCGGCGGCAGUAGUAGCAGCAGCAGCAACAACAGUGCUGCCAGCAACAAUAACAAAAAUACAACCACAGCCGAGGUGGCAUGCUCGUGA